AUGCGCGCGUCAGACGCGUUGUCCUCGACCGCGCGCACCGCUUUCUCGCCGUUACGAGCGCGCGCGUCGAGCAAACCGCCCCUCGCGAGGCUCGCGCCGCUGGGACUGGGACAAAGUCUGGAUGCCGCGAAAGCGUCGCGUUCGGACGCGUUUCUCACGCUCACGCGCGCAUCGGCGGACGUCAUCGACGUCAGUGAUGCAUCGAGCGACGACACGCGCGUGCGAGCGUCGGCGUCGGCGAAUCCGAUCGUCGUGCUGAGCGGGUUCGGGAACUGCUCGAGCGACUACGAGGACGCGCUUGGGAACGACGAGGCGAGCCUGGCGAAGUCACUGCGCUCGAGAGGGUUCAGCGUGCACGUCGCUGAGGUCGAGCGAAAAGAUUGGUUCGUGGGGAUUUUGCGAGGGAUCUUCACGAAGGGGUUUUGGAUGAACGCGUGCACGACGCGAGAGAGCUACGGGUGGUAUUUAGAACGCGUCGACGCGUGCGUGAAAGAGGCGUUGCGAGCGAACCCUGAAGCGACGAGCGUUGACAUUGUCGCGCACUCUGCCGGUGGGUGGCUCGCGCGGGCGUUCAUCGGCGGCGCACUGGCGAUGAAUGCGAGCGAGGUAGAGUGCUCCGGAGAUUUCUUGAAGCGGGACGAGCGUGUGCGACGUUUGAUAUGCUUAGGGACGCCACACGCGCAGGAUGCGAAGUCAGAUCCAACGCGCGGGGCAUCUAAAUGGGUAAACGAUACUUGGCCCGGCGCGUACUUUGAACCGGAUGUUCAGUACGUCUGCGUCACGGGACGCGCCGUCGUCGGAAACGCGUCGGCGGAGCCGAAAACCAUCGGCAAAUAUGCAGCCGGUUCCUACGCCGUCGUCGCCGGUGGCGACGGAGACGGCGUCGAAGGCGACGCUGUCGUACCAAACUGCGCCGCACUUGCGUUAGAGGGCGCCGAAAUGAUCGUCAUCGACGCCUGCUGGCACUCGAUGUCCACCGUCGGCACGUUUGACGAACCGUCAAAGUUUCACUGGUACGGAAGCGACGCCGUCGUCGACCGCUGGCUCAAGGUCUUACGCGCGUGA